AUGUCCACGACCUCCUUCAAGCCCGUCGCUGCGGAGCCUGUCAACGAAGAAAAUGGUUUGAUUCAUGGUGUAUCCGCGCAAGAACUGCAAGUUAUAGGCGAGCAAUGUAUUGACGCAAAGUCUAAGGCAUACUGCCCAUACUCCCUCUUUCGCGUUGGCGCAUCUCUCCUCCUGAACCAAUCCACUACAUCGGAGCCGUCCAUCAUCGUCGGCGCAAACGUCGAGAACGCCGCCUACCCUGUUGGCACUUGCGCCGAGCGCGUCGCCUUCGGAACCGCCGUGGUUGAGGGCCACAAGCUGGGCUCGUUCAAAGCCAUCGGUGUUGCUACAGACAUUGACGACUUUUGCUCGCCCUGUGGAAUGUGCAGACAGUUCCUGAGGGAGUUCCUUAGCUUGGAGACGCCAAUCUUCAUGUUCAACAAGGAGGGCAAGUAUAUUGUAAGGACAAUGGGUGAGCUCUUGCCUUUGAGCUUCGGGCCAGACGUGCUGCCACCGAGGGAGCAGUUGAAGAAGGAGAGGGAUGGCGACAAGGCGAAGGCUGCGUAA